UGUUUGUAGUCGCACGCCGAACACGUGACUUUUAUUUAUUUUUUUUCGAAAACACUACUCGCUACUCGCUAAUCUAUCACUUACUGUUUUAGUUUUUCUUCACGUCAACCAUCAAAUAACAUUCUCUCGAUUUUGCAGCACGGAUAGUCACACGUAUUAAAUCCGAUGUCUUACAACAACAACAGAAACAGCUUCGGCCGUGGAGGUGGCGGCGGCGGUGGAUUUCGAGGCAGAAAUGAUGGAGGGGGCGGUCGAGGUGGUGGUGGUAACUUUCGUGGCGGUGGAGGUGGCCGUGGAGGAGGUGGAAGAGGUGGAUUCAAUAGAUUUGCUGAACAAGGACCACCAGAAGAAGUAAUACCUUUUGGUCAAUUCACUCAUUCUUGUCAAGAUGACAUCGUUUGUAAGGCUGAAAUGGAAGAUGUUCCAUACUUCAAUGCACCUAUAUAUUUUGCUAAUAAACAACAAAUUGGUAAAAUAGAUGAAAUAUUUGGUACUUAUAGUGAUUAUUUUGUAUCAAUAAAAUUGAACUCAGAAGUCAAAGCUAAAUCUUUCAAAAAAGCUGACAAGUUAUACAUUGACCCUGCUAAAUUAUUACCAUUGAAAAAAUUCUUACCUCAACCUGGUGGUCAGGGUGGUCGAGGAGGUGGUGGCAGAGGACGUGGAAGAGGAGGUGGUGGUCGUGGUGGUCGCGGUGGUGGUGGAUUUGGACGUGGUGGUGGUGGAGGACGUGGAGGUGGAUUUGGACGUGGUGGAGGUGGUCGUGGAGGAGGGGGUGGCCGAGGAUUUGGUGGUGGUGGACGAGGAUUUGGAGGUGGUGGUAGAGGUGGUGGUGGCCGAGGAGGAGGAGGAGGAGGUUUUAGAAGAUAAAAAUAACUUUUUAUUAUAA